CCCUGGCGCGGCCGCCUGGGGGCGUCGAGCAGAGGGCCCUGCGGAAGGGGCGGCUGGAGACCGCCUCCCAGCGCUCCGACCGGGUACCUGGAGGGGCGGGGAGGGAGAGGGGCGCGCGACGGAGAGGCGGGCGCCCGGCGCGUGAGUCACUCCGCUCCCCGGGGUGCGGAGCGGGACAUCGCCUCCCGCCUGGGAUCUGCAUUUCAUCUCCAGCUUCAGCGACCAGCCGCCUUUCCGUCUAGGUGAGGACCAGCUCUUUGCUGCAUUUGGCAGACAUGGCGUUACCAAUCAGAUGGCUAAGAAUAGUCAUCUGAUUCCUGCUUUGUAGCAUUCUGAAGGAUUGACCUUCUUGGAAUGUAAUCCCAGUGGCGUCUCUUUUCUGUGUAGCCCUCUCUGCCAUCAAACAGCCAAGUGACUCCGGGUUGAUCCGGGGCGCCUCAAGAAUUGCGGAUAUCACUUCACCUGGAAGAUUCACCCACUGCUACUCAGAGCUGUUUCUGAAAUACCAUGUCUAAGAGCUCGGAGUUUAUCAAUCUGUCAUUUUUGUUAGAUCAUGAGAAGGAAAUGAUCCUGGGAGUCCUAAAGAGAGAUGAAUAUUUGAAAAAAGUGGAGGACAAGAGAAUAAGGAAGCUGAAAAAUGAACUCUUAGAAGCAAAACGUAGAAGUGGGAAGACUCAACAAGAAACCAGCAGAGUCUGUGUCUACUGUCAGAGAAACCUGGGCUUAAUAUUCGACCGAGGAGACCCGUGCCGGGCCUGCUCACUGAGAGUGUGCAGCGAAUGCCGGGUCUCGGGCCUUGACGGCAGCUGGCAAUGCACCAUCUGUGCCAAAGUCGCGCAGCUAAGGAUUGUAACCGGUGAAUGGUUUUUUGAAGAAAAGGCAAAGCGUUUCAAGCAAGUCAAUCUUCUGGGCACUGAUAUAGUCCGACAGUCCAUCUUAAGAAGAAGCCCAGGAACUGAAGAAAUACAAAGUCAAGAGCAACCCCACCAGGAUGCAGAAAAGGCAGACACUUCACCUUCUGCCAGGCAAAAGGCCAGUCAUGAUGGACCCAGGAAAAAGGGAUUUCUUCUUAGCAAGUUCAGAUCAGCAACCAGGGGAGAAAUCAUAACUCCAAAAACUGAAAGUGGGCGGAGCUACAGCUUGGACUUAGACGGCCAAAACUUUCGGAGUUUAAAGUCCAUCCCUGGUUCAGACAGGGGAAGCACUGGUUCAUCAGACCUUUAUGACCAGGAAGCUGGCCCGGCAACUUGGAAGAGCAGCCGGAGCAGUGGAGUGACCCCCGUCACGCAGAGGUCACCGGCUCCAAGCACACGCAGCGUGACCUCAGCCAGCAGUAGAGAACGUGGUUUCGAAAAUUCCAUGGAUUUGGCUGCCCUUGAAGGCACAUCUGACGACCUCACAAAGAGUCGUCGCAGAAACACUUCUGGCACACCGUCCAUAGCAGUGUCUGAGGUCUCCCUCUCCUCAGACCGGAGUCGAUCUGAAUUAGAUUUGAGUGGGUCAUUUCCAGAAGAUUUAGAGAAUACAGUAAACAUAAGAAGCAAGUCUGUCCCUGGGGCUUUAGACAAAGACUUGGACUCCUUGGAAGACGCUGGGGAAGGCAUUAAUGACUUAGUGUCCUCACGGUUUUCGGCAAACACCCACAGUCUAGCAAGUGGCCUGUCAACCAGUUCUCCAGCAGGCUCUGACAGGAAGUGGACCUACCUGAAUGUCCCUGAUGCUGACUCAGACACUACCAGCCUUAACAGCAUGAUGAGUGUUUACAGUGAAACAGGAGACUAUGGCAACGUGAAGGUCAGUGGUGAAAUCCUUCUUCACAUCAGCUACUGCUACAAAACUGGCGGGCUCUACAUUUUUGUCAAGAAUUGCAGAAAUCUGGCCAUAGGAGAUGAAAAGAAACAGAGGACGGAUGCUUAUGUCAAGUCGUACCUUCUUCCUGACAAGUCCAGAAACAAUAAACGCAAGACCAAGAUCAGAACAGGCACCAAUCCAGAAUUCAACGAGACAUUAAAGUACACCAUCAGCCAUACCCAGCUGGAAACAAGAACUCUGCAGCUCUCAGUCUGGCAUUAUGAUCGAUUUGGACGUAACAGCUUCCUUGGGGAGGUGGAGAUUCCUUUUGACUCAUGGAAUUUUGAAAAUCCAAGUGAUGAGUGGUUUGUGCUUCAGCCCAAGGUGGAAUUUGCUGCUGACAUAGGCCUUCACUAUAAAGGAGAGCUGACAGUUGUCUUACGUUACAUUCCCCCAGAGGAGAACCUGGUGCUUCCUCUAGAACAAGUUCAAGGAAAGAAGAGCUUCAAAAGGGGAAAGAAGAAGGAGUCACCUGUAAUAUUUGGAGGAAUACUGGAAGUGUUCAUCAAAGAGGCAAAGAAUUUGACCGCAGUGAAGUCGGGAGGCACUUGCGAUAGCUUUGUGAAGGGCUACCUGCUCCCUGAUGAUAGCAAAGCCACCAAGCACAAAACUCUGGUAAUAAAAAAGAGUGUUAACCCUCAGUGGAACCAUACUUUCAUGUUCAGUGGCCUGCAUCCCCAGGACAUAAGGAAUGUUUGCCUCGAACUUACUGUCUGGGACAAGGAGGCCUUUUCCAGCAACAUCUUUCUGGGAGGAGUUCGUUUGAAUUCUGGAACUGGUAUGAGCCAUGGGAAGAACGUGGAUUGGAUGGACUCUCAGGGGGAAGAGCAACGCCUUUGGCAGAAGAUGGCCGACAAUCCCGGGACUCCCGUAGAGGGUGUACUCAUGCUCCGUUCCAGCAUGGGGAAGUGUAGACUCUGAAGGUACCAGUCUCCAAAAUGGGGCCUCCAGGCACUGUCUGGCUGCCAUUUCCUAUUAUUAUCAGGCUUGGUACCUGGGAUUCUGUUUCCCUGCCAUUUCUCACCUGAGGGAACUGGGACAUGCAGGGAGAGAUGUCAGUGUUAUGAACAUUUAGGGACUUGCUGAGUGUCUAUAAGAGCAUGUACCUCCAUAUGUCCAUGGACCAAGGCCUUUUUAAUUGGAUGAUGGAAAGUGUGUCACAUUGUCCUGUCAGCAAGUAAAUUGUACAGUGAUUCAUAGGCUUUAUACCAUAAGGGAAAUGGUGCAAAUUUCUUUGAAACUACAGUAGAGAUUUGGAGUCCCUAAACUUCUAUUAAUGAGUUAUUUUAGGUUUCUUAAAAGGGUUUGAGGGAUAAAGGGGCCACUCAUAAUAUAGAUCACUUGAAGAGUAAAAAGGAAUACUGUCUACCCUUUUCUCACCCUGGGAAUCCCCACAGUCCAAAGAAGGCAUGGUGGGGAUGGUUGCUUGGACAAGGAGGUGGCCCUGUUAUUGUAGCAAACUUGUGGAUUAACCAGGUAAGUUUUCAAGAUGAACUGAAAGGUUUUUUUGGUGACUAUAUAAUUUAUAAUCUAAAUCAGCCCACUUUUGAGAAUGAGAAGAACGAAAUUAUUAUACUGGAACAACAGAUGUAAACCAGGAUUGAACUGGGAAAAUUGGGAUGUAGGGUCACCCUAAUUAUGACCUAACAAUUAGUUCUAUUAUAAACAGUUAGUUUAUAAAAUAUUCUAAGCCACUAACUACAAGGAAGUAAGAACUAAUGCACAUUUUGAGCUCCUGCUUGUAUCAUAUUUACUGAUAUCUCUUUGGUCAAAGGAAGUCAAAUGGCCAAGCCUAAAAUCAAGAGGCAGGAAAAUCCAUCUGUGCACGACGAAGCCAUGGCAAGUUUGAUAUGCAGAAAGGGAAGAAGAAUUGUUACCAGUAGUUCAGUCUACCAUACUUUCUGUUACCUGGAAUUCUAGAUGCUUUAGCCACCAAACUUAAAUGCAAAGGUAGUUGAAGCAGAAAGGUACCUCAGACCUGUUCCUCAUUUUGCAUAUUCCAAAUCUGAAGCCCAGGGAGCUGACAUGACUUGGCCAAGGUCAUAUAGAAGCUAUGACUAUAUUCAGACUUAAAUCCAGGCUGUGAUUUAUAGGCCAGUAUUCUUUCUCCUGUAGCCCCUGGCAUAAUCUUGUGCUUAUCCAGGUGGAGAGGAGGGCAUAGAUGAAAGAAGGUGGAGCAGAGUCGGAUUACUUCAGUAUGAAGUACCUGAUCGACUUUUCUGCCAGAGUCCUAGUCUAGCCCCUCAGCUCAUUUUUUUACUUGAAUUCAUAUAAAAUCUUUGAAAGGAUAGAAACUGAAUUUUAGUGGUAAGAAAGGUAGAAUCAUCUUUAGGCUUAUUCAAGCUAAUUUUUCCAUAUUCUAAAUUUCUUCUUGAAUUUUGAAAACUGAUUUAAGAAUAUAUUUAGCAUUAUUCUGAGGGAAUAAGCAGUCCAUUUUCAGUAUUAUUCAAAAAAGGCUAAUUCUCAAAAAUUAAAGUUACCAGUCUAGUGUAGCUCAGUAUAUAUGGAAUAUUUUUUAAAAACUCAAACUCCCAUCCCUAUGUUGCCCUUCUUAAGAAACAAAACACAAAGUGUAAGAUCAUCACUACUUCCUGUAUUGGAACACUUGUCUUCAGACUUGACCUGACCCAUUCUGUCUUCAUUGAUAUUUUGGGAACACGUGAGAGGGAGAUGAUGGUGAAGUAUGGAGACAUCUCUAAAGUAAACAAAAUGGGGGCGCCUGGGUGGCUCAGUCAGUUAAGCGUCCGACUUCGGCUCAGGUCAUGAUCUCAUGGUUUGUGAGUUCAAGCCCCACAUUGGGCUCCGUGCUAACAGCUUGGAGCCUGGAGUCUACUUCUUUGGCUCUCUCUCCCUCUGCCCCUCCCGUGCUCGCUCUCUCUCUCUCUCUCUCUCUCUCUCUCUCUCUCUCAAAAAUAAAUUUAAAAAAAAAUUUAAAAAUACAGUAAAAAUGAAGUAGGUUUAUUUGCUAACAAUAAAAGUGGCAAAAUAAUAAAUUCUAAAAUCUAUAACUUAAACUCUAGAUGAGCAUAAACUUUAUGUGUUCAGAUCUUUGCCACAUUUAGAGCAGUUUUCUGUAUUUGGGUUUCAUAAAAUCCAACAUCUAACUGGGUAUUUCCACAAUGCGAAACCUAGGUAUGCAGAAGUCCAUCAGAAACCUGCGAUGUUGUUCUCAGAGAGAAAAGGUAAAUUGAUCUUCAUGUCAUUCUUUUUACUAAGUAUUGUGUAGAAGUACAAAUAUCUUUAAAUCUAGAUUACAUAUGUGAAUGGCACACAAUUCAAAUAGUUCAAAAUUGUGAAAAGUCCGUCUGCCUUCCUCCUCUUCCAUAGCAGAAAUGAUUGAUAGUCUCAUUCUUUCUUAUGCAUAUAGGGUAUUACAUUAUAGGGAUAUAGCAAAUUUAUUUAACCAUUCCUAUCAAAUGCCAUGUUAAAUGUGGUUAACUAAGCUAUCUAUGUUUGGUGGCUUUUCUGAACAACCUCUUCUUUCAAACAUCAACACUUCGAAAUUCAAAAUGAGAUUUUUGGGUAUUUCCAAUUUGGGGUAUUUGUCCUACAGAGAUAGAUACAGAUGUGAGAAAUGAGUACAUACAAAAGUAUUUAUUGCAAAAGAUAGAAAACAACCCAGUAGCCCCUCAGUACAGGCCUUCUGCAAUAUCAUAUAUGCCUAGUUUUUCUGUGCCGUUAGUUGCUCCCUCUCCUUCUCUGUUAAAGAUUGUUAAAUGAUAAGCAUCGGAUUCUUCAGUGCUUGUUGUUUCUUAUCACUUCAUACACCAUCUCUGGCAUUAUCAUGUAUGCUGCCCUCGUAGUUUUAUAUGCUUAUAACUUCAAACUCACAUCUCCAACCCAGACCCUUCCUCUCAGCCUUAGACUCAGACUCACCUACCUAUAUGACCUAUCCACCAGCAUAGCUCAUGUUUUCAACAUAGUCAAAAUGGAACCCUUUAUUCCACCUUCCCCUUGUACCCAAUUCUUCCUAUUCUAGUAUAUCCUGUCUCAGUGCCUUGUACUGUCAUCUACCCACUUGAGCCAGUUCAGCUGGACAGUUCAGCCCAGUCUGUCUCAGCACAGAUAAAAGCACAGAGAGUGCUCUCCAGCCCAGCUCUCCAUAUCGCCUUCUCAGAAGAUACCAUGACCUUGCUGGAGUGUCCUUGUCAGGACAUCUCAGCCCUCAGCAUUCCCUCGCUUGAAUCAUACAAGUUGUAAAGGGAUAUGGGCAAGCUUUAAAGCCUGACUUUAUCCAUUCAGGUUGUCAACAGUACUUUCAGGACAUCUGGAAGAUAAUUUAUCAGCUCUCAUUUCACUUACAUUGUCACUAUAACUGGAAUCAUCAUGUUGUAGAUCUUCCAGGACACAAAAAUGCCAAACACAAAGAUAUUUUGAUGGAACUUCAUAAUCCUAGUCUCCUUUUCCUUAAUAAACCCACACAAAUAUAUGACCAUUGAUCUUUAA